GGGCAAGCCGACCUGUUCCGGUUGGGAUCACCCUCUCCUACCCUUUCAGGGCUGCAGAUCUGAGGUACCAUCAGACUGGGAGAGAAGGGACCGGGCCUGCAGGGCUGAUUCUGGUUCAGAGACCCUCCCUGGUUCUCCCAAGGCAAUAUUGAGGGGGUUGCUUUGGGCCCAAGCCCCGCGCUCCUUCCAAACUCAGGCUGCCGAGCUCGUUCCUAUUUAGGCUCCCCUCGCAGGUGUCUCAGUUGGCACCUGGCGGAGGCAGCAGUAUCGGGCUGUUUGGGGUAAAGACAUAACAAGAUAUUCUCCUCUCAGCUCUAGAAUAGAAAUCUUGUUCUUUUGAUCAAAACAUACAACACGGGGUCUGCUGAUCCCGUUGUGACCUCCCGAAAUCCGAAAUCCGAAAUCAGGUUUAGGUAAGAUCCGUUAGCGCAGUGAUAGAGCCCGGUCCCAUGUUUGCUCUUUAACGAAGAACAAAGCUAAUCACCAACUUAGUGCAGGUCACGAUGCAAGGAUUUGCUGCUAAUCGUCGAAUCUGAGAGUGAGGGCGAGAAAUCCCGACUUUUGCGCUCCAUCCACUUAGAGCAGGUCCCUGGGAAAACAAAGAGCCUUGGACUAAAAGGGCUGCUUUCCUUAAUCCUCUGUUGGACGGCAGGGGGAGAUCGUAAACAAACGAAGUGCAGAAUCUCUGGCCUAAUGCCUGGGAAGGUGGUUUGUGUAUUGUUUUGUUGUUGUUCGUAGGGAGGGGCAGGAAGUUGUUUUAAGUCGGCCAAGAAUUUCAAGUUGUGGUUUUUAGAACAUGGACCUCUAAGAACAGGAUCUGGUGGAGAAGAGAUGUUUUUGGACAUCCUGCCCUUUUCUCCCACCUCUCUCAACCCGGUUUCCGCGCUCAUUCUAGGUUUUCCUCUGCUGCAGGUCCUCCUCCUCAUGGUGUACCUAGGACUCACCUAAGGCCUGGUGGCUGGACCUUGGUCUCUGCAGGUGUUGUAGCCCCUGACUGCUCUGUACUCAGCUGAGUCUGGGGCUUUCUUGGGAGUGUUGCUGUAACUAUUCAAUUGAAGUGUCUCCUUCCCCGGAGCCUCUGAUGGGAUCCAUUGUUAUUGAGAGCUGCUGAUCUAGUUCUCUUGCUUCCCUAAGCAUACAUGUUGUGACAUGGAACGUGGCUUCUGCAGCACCUCCUCUGGACCUCAGUGAUCUUCUGCAGCUGAACAAAGACAACCUGAAUCUGGACAUGUAUGUCAUUGGUUUGCAGGAAAUGAACUGUGGGAUCAUGAGCCUCCUUUCUGACACUGCCUUUGAAGACCCAUGGAGCAGUUUCUUCAUGGAUGUGCUUUCCCCUCUGAGCUUCGUCAAGGUCUCCAGUGUCCGCAUGCAGGGGCUCCUCUUACUGUUCUUUGCCAAGCAUCAGCAUUUGCCCUUUGUCCAGAUCCUCUCUACUAAAUCCACCCCCACGGGCCUCUUCGGGUACUGGGGGAACAAAGGGGGCGUCAACAUCUGCCUGAAGCUCUAUGGCUACUACAUCAGCAUCGUCAACUGCCACCUGCCCCCUCACAUGGCCAACAAUGACCAGCGGCUGGAGCACUUUGAUCGGAUCCUAGAGAUGCAAAAUUUUGAGGGACGGGAUAUCCCCAACAUCCUGGACCAUGACCUCAUUCUGUGGUUUGGAGACAUGAACUUCCGGAUUGAUGACUUUGGGCUGCAUUUUGUCCGGGAAUCCAUAAAAAAUCGGCGUUACAGUGACCUGUGGGAGAAGGAUCAGCUCAGCAUCGCCAAGAGACACGAUCCGCUGCUCCGGGAGUUCCAGGAGGGCCCCCUGCUCUUCCCACCCACCUACAAGUUUGAUAAGAACUCCAACAACUAUGACACCAGUGAGAAAAAACGCAAGCCUGCUUGGACCGACCGUAUCCUGUGGAGGUUGAAGCGGCAGCCCCAGGCCAACCCCCAAACGCAGAGGCCGCCAGCCCCCCACUUCUUCCUGUCUCUAAGGAGCUAUGUCAGCCACAUGAUGUACUGUGUCAGUGACCAUAAGCCUGUGACCAGCACCUUUGACUUGGAGCUGAAGCCUUUGGUGUCUACCCCACCGAUCACCCUGAUGCCUGAGGGGCUGUGGACCAUGGAGAACGACAUGUUGAUCAGCUACUCCUUGACCCCAGACUUUCCCAGCAGCCCCUGGGACUGGAUUGGACUAUACAAGGUGGGGCUGCGCCACAUUAAUGACUACGUGUCCUAUGUCUGGGUCAGGGACAACCAGGUCUCCUUCAGCGAUGGGCUGAGCCAGGUUUACUUCAAUACCAGCGACAUCCCUGAGACCGAGGGCCAGUUUCUCCUCUGUUACUAUAGCAACAAUCUGCAUUCUGUGGUGGGAAUAAGUAAACCCUUCAAGAUCCAGCCUGGCUCCUUCUUGGCGGAGGACCCACUGGGUGAAUCCCAACCACACAUCUGAGCCUGGAUGAGAGUGGUUCCAGGGCGGAGGCCAGAGCUGGCAGCCAGCUCUGCCCACCACUGCCAGGAGCACCAGGGGCCAGGCCCAGCCCCCAGAGGAGGUAACAGGUAUCCUCCACCUCCCAGGGGGAGCUGUAGCCACACUCCUUGGCUCUCUCCGGUCCAGAUCUCUAGAAUUGGCCCCCUAAAUACAGGUUUUUGUUGCUGAGAUAUGAGUGAAACCAACUAGUUUGUCAACACAGAAGACCUGGGACAGACCCCUGGACGUGGGAAGGACCCUCCAGCCUAUAUCUCGUUUCUCGAUUUUCCCCACACACACUCCCAGUCCUGCCCAAGCAGGCCUGCCAGGCACAUGCCCCAUCUGGCACAGGCCUGCAUUCUUGUCACGCCAUCCUGGGCCUCAGGCUGCCUGGGAGGGGGAGAUGCUCGCAUUUGCACAGGCACCAUAGACUGCUUGGCACAAGCAGCCUGGGUUCCGGGAGUCUUGGUAUCUUGUUGCCCAUCCCUCUGGGGGAUGGGCAGAAGGUGUGGGAUCCCUGCUUUUGGCAAAAGCAAUUAGACUAAGUGGGCAGGAUGAAGGGCCCCUCCACCCAGGCUCUUAGUAAGUGUUGUGGGCAGGAGCCUGACCCAUGGAGUCUGAUGCAGAAGUUCACUGUCUGAGCAAAGGAUUGGCCCCAGAUUGGCUUGUGCUGGUGGGUCAGGCUCCAUGCCCUAACCUGCCCUCCUGUGAAAGGGUUGGCAGGUGAUAGAGGAGCUGUGGCCACAGACUUUUCCAGGGGCUUUCUUGCCCAGCCGAGCUCAUCUGCUCCUUCCCACCCUCACCUGCAGUGACUGGCCAGGAACCCGCCCUCUCUAGACUGCCCUAGCACCUGAAGCAGAGGCAGGCAGAGAAGGGAGCCAGGAUCCAGUCAUUUUGGAGAAUCCGGCCUUGAGGGUCUUCUGAGAGCAUUCUCUGGGUGCUGUGUGGGCACUCAGUCCCACUCCCGCCACUUGCCUCCAGCCACUGGUGAUUCAACGGCCCUUCUCCCAGGAGAAGACACCUCAGGGAACCUGCUCUGUGACGGUCACAUCCAUCCUCUGACCUGAGACUGAGGGACACUCCAGUCACUCUGUGAUCCAUACUCCACCCUGGGAGCCGUGUGUACCAUCAAGAACUGUCCCCCGGGCUUCUAGUGGCCCAUGGCUGUGUUCUGUGUCUGUUGUAUUGGGGGAUCAUUAGAAACAUGGCUUUUA